AAAAUCAAUUACUCUUAAUUAAUUUCAAAAAAUUAAAUUUACUAAUUGAAUUAUAUCCAUUUAAAAUUUAGGUUUAUUUAUAAUCAAUUCAUGACAACUCAAACAAGUAUUCAAAAUUUUAAGACUUUUCAUUCUAGAAUAUUUAGCGCCUCUACAUAGAGGAGAGCAUCAGAUUAAAAUGCUAAGAUGUAGUUUAGCUAAGCAGCUAUGACUUCAAUUUAUAAAGGCAUUAAAAAUAAUGAUAUUAGCUAUAUCUUAGGUUCUCAUAAUAGGACUGCAACUUAAGGAUUUUUACCUUAGCUCAACAAAACUGAAGAGCCAGUUGAUGUCAUUGAAAUAGAUGAAAAGUCUGAUCUAAAGAGAAGGUUGGCAGAAUUAAGGAGAAAGCAUGAUAUUUUGAAGAACAAAGCCAAUAAAAAUGAAACAGAUAUAGAAAAAUUAAAGUUAGAAAAUAAAGCUUUAAUAGAUGAAGAAGAUGUAUUAAAUUCUCAAAAAGAAGGUGUAUUCAAAGAAGAAGAAAGGCUGAGAGAAGAGCAAGAAAACACUACCUUUUUAAUGUAAGAAGCUGAGUGGACUAAAAAAUCUUAUCUUUUUAUGAGAGAUAGACUAAAAAGAGAUAAAAUAGUAAAUUAACUAAAGUAAUAAGCCAUAGAAGAAGAAUUAUCUUGUGUUAGAAAAUGCUAUUAGCAAGCUGAUUACUAAUCCUAAAUGAGUAAGCAAUUUUCCGAUAACGCCUAAAGAAUUUUGGACGAAAUGCUUAAAAACGUUGAAAACGAAAAAAAUUAAAUUGAUAGCAAACUUAACAGCUUUAAAAAUUAGCUAGUUAUGUGGGAAGAAAAUGAAAAAAAAAAACUUGACAGAUCAUUUAGGGAGAAGGAGAUUGCUGAGCACGCAAUUUACGAUAAAGAUGCUUAGGAAAAAAAACUAAGAGCUUUAUUAUUAGUUCAUAAGUUUGUAAGUGGAAUGCUAAAAGAUAAAAUGGAAAGAGAAAUGCAAAAAUUUUAAGUGGUGGAGGAGUCCUUUUAAAAAAUUAAAACAGCUACAGGAUAAACAGAAAUGAAAAAUAUAGUUACCAAAUUUAUAACCAGAGAAUAAACUUAUGGAGAGCUUUUAGGCUAGAUAGCAAAUCAUGAAAAGAAAAUAGAUUAUAUCAAGAAGAGAAAUGAAGGAUUAGAAAAUCAAUUGGUUUAUCUUAAAUAAGAUCUUGUUUCUAUGGAAAUGCAAAUAGCACAAAAAAAGAACAAAGGAGGAAAUAAGCAUCAUGAGUACCUCAAGCAAAUAGAUAACAUGGAUGAAAGGAGAAAACUAGCAGAAUUAAUGAAAGAAAAACUUCACUAGUUUUGUAUAAGAAUAUUAACAAAAUUUGAUAAGGUUAAUAAAACUCAGCCUAGAAAAUAUAGUGAAGAGUUUGGAAAAUAGCAGAUUAAAUAAGCAUUUUAGUAAGUCCAUAGAGUUGUAAUGCAAGAACUGAAAGAAUCUGAAUAAAACGGUGAUAUAGACUAUAUCUUAUCAGAAUUAGAAAAAACUAAAAUUGAAAAAGAAACAUAAAAAGAAGAUUUCCAACGUAAAAAUAUUCGUAUAAAACCUACUCAAACAGGCAAAUUAAACACUUCUCAAUCUAGAGAUUCAUCAUCUAAUUCUAAGUCUACUCCAAACAAUUCUUUCUAUGAAUCAGAUUCUGACAGCAAUGUAGAUGAGAAAAAUGAAUAAGACUAUUUUGAUUUCUUAAGGGAUGCAAGAAAAAAUGAGGAUGGUAUUAUUGCCAAAAAAAUUAAACAUGAAAAAGAAAAGGAGCAAACCAACAAUAUGCCUCCACUUAGGUUCUAAAGUCCUCAAAAAUAACAAUGAAAAACUUUAUAAAAUCUUAAAAAAUAGAUAAAUAAAUAAUUAAUUAAUUAAUUAAAUUAAACUUAAAUUCAAUUAAUAAUGCAAACAAAAAAUCAAGUCAAAUAACUUCAGCUUUUGUAAAUAAAUAUUAUGUGUAUAGGAGUUAUUUUUUUAUUUUUAUAAAAUUCAUUAUUAAAAUUAAA